AUGGAGAGUGAAGAUGUUGAAAUUUCAAUACAUCUGAUGGAACACUUUCAUAUAGACAACCCUCAUCAAGAAGAGCACUGGGACUUCACGGCUGCGCUUUUCCUAGCCUUACUGAUCCGGACAAAACUCUUCUCGUGUCAAACGUUAGAGCAACAACUAAGCCUUUCACUUGAGAUUGAAAGGAGAUCCGUUCUAGCCAGUGCCGACCCUGUGGCGGGUCAGCGGAUUGAUGUCAACAUGUGGUUCAAUCUUCUGUUUAUAAUUGGCCUGGAUGAACGUCAACAGAUUCUUACAACAAGCGGAUGGUUGGAUUUUUGGUGGAACGACGAUCGGUACAUCUGGAAUUCUACAGAGUAUGGAGGCAUAGAGUCUGUUAUGGUGAUUCAUGAAAAGAUAUGGAAGCCCGACAUUGUCGUCCGCAACGCCGUCAACAGUUUGGGUGUCGUUGGCACGAGCGAUGACCUUAUGAGGGUCUUUUCAUCAGGCUACAUUGAAUGGUCACCUGCUAACGUCUACCAGACUAUUUGUGAGGUGGACGUCCGAACCUUCCCUUUCGACUCGCAGGUCUGCUUCAUGAACGUAUCCUCCUGGGUGUACUACGCGGAUCAGGUCCGCCUCGUCCCUUACGGCAAGGGUGUGAUACUGCGGCACUACAAACAGAACAGUGAAUGGGAGCUGCUCAGUCUGGACUACGAGGAUGCUUUCUACAACUUCAGCGACAACCAUCAGAACGGUGUUACAUUUAGGUUCGUUCUCAAACGCCAUAGUGUGUUCUACAUUUUGAAAAUCCUCAUCCCGACGGUUUUGCUGUCGAUGCUUAAUGCUUUUGUGUUCGUGGUUCCCGUAGAAUCAGGUGAGAAGAUGGCUCAAAUGAAGCCUCUGGACAUCUAA